UCCCUUUGAUUCCCUCGCAUUCAAAUCAUUUUUACGCCAAAUGCCAUGUUCUUCAUUGGGUUCAAUUUCAGUUAGCUAGUGAUCGAUCUCACAAGUUGGAAAGCCGCAUCUUUUCAUCUUCCCCCUUUAGAGUUGGACUUUUUUUGUUUAUUUGCUCUCGAUCCUUUUCUUUUACCAGUUCUGUGAUGUUCGUUUGACUUGAAGUUUGCAUUUUUGCGGCGUGUGGACCGGAAAUUCGCACUUUGCACGUUCGAUUCAAGCUCUUUGGUUCUACCACUAACUUUUUAUCCUCUGAACUUGUGGGCUGAAUGUUGCGGUUUAAUUUGAUCCAUUUCAGAGCGUUUCCGGAGUCGAGAAGUUCAUAAAAUUAUUGGGCACAUUUGGCUGCACAGAAGUUAAUAGAUUUGACAACUUGUUAUUGAUUGGCUGAAGUUGGAAACUUAAGGAAAAGAAGAAAUAAAAUCAGGGAAACUUGUUUACCCGACAAGUCUUUCACCUAGAACUUGUGAACUUUUGAAGAAAGAUUAUAUGGCUUUAUGUCUCUGUCACGGUGUUGACGUAACAUUCUAGUUAGCCUAUAUACCAGUCAGGCCUGGCUCUAGAGAGCUACUUAGACUCCUGUCACCGAGGGGCGGUGCCCCCCAUGGCACCUUCUCGGGUGGCUGGAGGGUUAGCCCAUUCAUCAUCAAGUUCUGGAAUAUUCUAUCAAGGAGACGGGCAAUCACAGAAUGCUGUUGACUCUCACUUAAGUUCGUGUUUUGGUAACACAUCCAACUCAUUUCCUGGAACUGGACGUUCAAAUCUGGGUCCAGUUUCUGGUGACAUGAGUAAUGCAAUUCUAAACAGUGUGGCAAACUCAGGGCCAAGUGUUGGAGCCAGCUCAUUAGUCACAGAUGCAAACUCUGCCCUAUCUGGGGGACCCCGUUUGCAGAGAAGCGCUAGCAAUAACACAGACUCAUACUUACGUUUACCUGCAUCACCCAUCUCAUUCUCAUCAAAUAAUAUCAGUAUUUCGGGGUCAUCAGUUAUGGAUGGUUCUUGUGUAGUACAGCAGAGCUCUCAUCAAGACCAGAAUGUUCAACAGCUGCAAAAGAAUCAUCAGCAAAUGCAAGGUGCUUCUAGUGCAACAUCUUUGCCUGCAACUCAAUCUGGCCCAGCUCCACCCAUGGGUACCCGAGUAGCUGGAUCUCUGAUACAAGAUCCAAAUAAUAUAUCCCAGAUGCAGAAGAAACCUCGGUUGGAUAUUAAGCAAGAAGAUAUAAUGCAUCAGCAGGUAAUACAACAGCUUCUUCAGAGGCAGGACCCCAUGCAGUUCCAGAGUCGUAAUCCCCAACUGCAGGCUUUCCUCCAGCAGCAGAGACUGAGGCAACAGCAGCAGCAGCAGCAACAAAUCCUCCAGUCAAUGCCACAGUUACAGAGAGCUCACUUGCAACAGCAGCAGCAACAUAUGCAAUUAAGGCAGCAAUUACAACAAGAAGCAAUGCAGCCUUCGUCUUCCAUGAAGCGCCCAUAUGACAGUGGUGUGUGUGCCCGUCGUUUGAUGCAAUACCUAUAUCAUCAAAGGCAGCGACCAAAUGAUAAUAGUAUUGCCUAUUGGAGAAAAUUUGUGGCUGAAUAUUACUCUCCUCGUGCAAAGAAGCGGUGGUGUUUGUCAUUAUAUGAUAACGUUGGGCAACAUACUCUUGGUGUUUUCCCCCAAGCAGCUAUGGAUGCAUGGCAGUGCGACAUAUGUGGUUCUAAAUCUGGAAGGGGAUUUGAGGCAACUUUUGAAGUACUCCCCAGACUUAAUGAAAUCAAAUUUGGCAGUGGGGUGAUUGAUGAACUUAUGUUUUUGGACUUGCCCCGUGAGUAUAGAUUCCCUUCUGGUUUAAUGAUGUUAGAAUAUGGAAAGGCAGUUCAAGAGAGCGUGCAUGAGCAACUUCGUGUUGUUCGUGAUGGUCAACUUCGCAUCAUAUUUACACAAGAUCUGAAGAUAUUAUCUUGGGAGUUUUGUGCAAGACGGCAUGAAGAACUUCUUCCUCGAAAGUUGGUUGCCCCACAGGUUAGCCAAUUGGUUCAAGUGGCUGAGAGGUGCCAGCGGUCUAUUACUGAAAGUGGAUCUGAUCGGAUUUCUCCGCAGGAGUUGCAGACAAACAGCAAUAUGGUAAUAACAGCUGGGUGUCAGCUGGCAAAGAGUUUGGACUUGCAAUCUCUGAAUGACUUGGGUUUCUCAAAACGAUAUGUGAGAUGUUUGCAGAUAUCGGAGGUUGUGAAUAGCAUGAAAGAUCUGAUGGAUUUCUGCCGAGAGCAGAAUGUUGGGGCACUUGAGGGCUUGAAAAGUUAUCCUAGACAUGCAUCUGCAGCCAAGCUCCAGAUGCAAAAGAUGCAGGAGAGGGAACAGUCAGCGGGUGUUCAAGGUUUGCCAACUGACCGGAAUACUCUUACUAAGCUUAUGGCAUUGCAUCCUGGAUCUGCACAAGCUGCAUUGGCACUAACUAACUACCAGAAUCUCCUCAUGAGGCAAAACUCCAUGAAUUCAACCCCUAACUCAUCACUUCAGCGGGAAGCAUCUUCUUCCUUCAAUAACUCAAACCGGAGUCCCUCUCCACACUAUCAAGGUGCUGCUUCUGCUUUGCAUCCAGGCUCCAUGCAGAAUUUACCUGUUAGUGGUUUCUCAAGUCCCCAUCUAUCUCCCCAGCAGCAGCAGCAGCAGCAGCUGCACCAACUUAAACAGCGGUCAUUAAGUGUGAAUAGCAUACUGCAACAAAAUCAUCCACAGGGCUCCCAAACAAAUCAGGCUCUACCUCCCCAAAUGCUCCAGCAACUAGUUCAGGAAUUGUCAAAUAACAGCAGCGGAAGAGUUCAACCGCAGUACCAUGGUGGAUCCAACUCCAAUGGAAAUAUUACAAAUAAUGGUGUGGGUUUUGGAGGUAGCCCUUCACCAGCAACUGGAGGAACUUCCAAUGUUUCUGGAAAUAAUGGACCUGCUGCUCCUAGCAGGAGCAACAGCUUUAAAGCUGCUUCAAACAGUGAUUCUUCUGCAGCCGGUGGCAACAAUGUAUUCAACCAAAGAACAUCUGAUAUGCCACAAAAUCUCCAUCUGCAAGAUGUGGUUCAGGAUAUCGCCCGCGAGUUCACUGAUAAUGGAUUCUUUAACAGUGACCUCGAUGACUAUGCGUGGAAGGCAUGACUAACAUAACUUGGCUCAGUAAUUGGCAUUUCUGGGUGAGCAAGUGUUCAGCAAAUUAUCUGUGUACAGGAUAUUUUGAAUACCUGCUUUUUUCCUUAAAGAUGCUAUCUGUUGUGACAUGGUGCUCUUGUACUUAAGUAGGCUUUUAAAGAUCUUGUUGGAGGGUUUCGUGUCACACCUGCAAGUGUAAUCUAUGGGACAGUUUGUCAGCGUCGUAUUUAUAUACUACACUUCACGGCCGUGUCUUCCUGUUCUGUCAUCCUUCUGCGCCUCAAUUUGUAUCAUCGAUGAGGCAAGUUUGGAGUUGCACUGGGAGAGAUUAUUUCGGAAAUGUCAUGACGUUUAUCUGAGGAUUUAA